AUGAUAAAGAAUGUAGGAAGAAUGCACUACGGAAAUGCUUGUGCUUGCGGCAAGAAGAAAUUUAACGUAGAGCUCCAGAGUGUCAAAUACUAUGGCAUAAUAGUAGAUGAGGCAACAGACAUCUCGAAGUUGGAACACGUUUCCUUAUCAACACGGUACUGUACCGACGAUUAUGAAGUAAAGGAAUACUUUAUUAGCAUUUAUGAAUGCAGGGAUGGUGUGAUAAAAGCUGCUCUGUUUGAAUAUAUCAAGGAUAUCUUGAUAAGGUAUCAGCUGGAUGCGAACAGGUUAGUGCAUGGAAAUGACAUUUGAUGGCGCAAUGGCAAUGAAAUAUCUGGCGAAGAAAAUCAAGAGUGAAAUGAAUGAAUCAGCCAUUUUCAUUCACUGCUUAGCACGUUGCCAAGAACUAAUUUUGAAGGAUGCCACCAAACAUUGCCCAGCCUUAGAGAAUGCUCAGUCUCUGUGUGAGGAUACUGAUGUAUGUGAUUGUUGGGAUCUCUUCCAAACGUGUGGCUCUAUUUGCCAAGAUCCAGGAUGAAAUCGACAGUGAUGCUGUGUUGCACCUCCAGAAUCUCUCAAAGACUAGAUGGGGGGGGCAGGAAAUGUUAUAACUUCAAAACAUGCGGAACUUAUAGAAACUUAAAAUAUUUGUGAGGACAUAAACAACGAUGCCAAAUGCAAAGCCAAAGCAAAGGGCUAAUCUCCAGACUGGAAAGAACCAAGCACAUGCUUAGUGUGUUUCUAAUAGGGUAUCUGGCGCAUAUUCUGGAAAUGAAUUCAUAGAAUCUACAAAAGAAUGAUUUUACAGCGGAAGAGGCAUUGGACUGUAUCACAAAGAUUGAAAUAAGGCUUGCAGAGAUGAGAUGCAAUGCUGAAUAAUUUGAAAAUUAAGGUAAGAUACAGAGACAUAUACAUGACAGUACGGUAUGAUAAAACAUGAAGAUUAUUCAAAUAUAUUUAAUUUGUUCUUAUUUUCUAGCUGUUCAAGAAAGUUGAAGAUUUAGAGCUACAGAUAGAUAGGAAUCAUGUAAGCAGACCAAGAAAGGUGUGGCACCAAGCGGACACGAUUCCAACAAUUUGAAGGGAGAACCCAAGCGGGUAUAUUUCGGUGCGAUCGACAGCAUUGUGAGUUCGACGAAAAAACGGUUUGAUCAAAAGGACAUUGAAAUCGUUAAAAAUAUCACCCACAUGUUAAUCUCAUGCGCUAACAAUGAGGCAGAUGUGAUAAAGCACCUUGGCGUCGCUGCAAAGUUUGUAGAAGUGGAUCUUUUGAUUGAAUAAUUGAAAGAGUUACAUGUCCAUAUCAAUUUGUACAACAUGCAUGGAAUUGAAACUGGCAUCAAUGCCUGUCACUAAGAAAGUAACUGUUGUUUCGACAUAUUGAUUGCGAAGGCUGUCUCAAAAGCAUCACUUCCAGAAACGCAUAAGCUGUUGCUGCUCCUGUGAACAUAUGCUAUGUCAUCUGCAACUGCGGAAAGGACAUUCAGUGUCAUGAAACGUGUUAAGACAUGUCUAAGAUCACGAAUGCAUGGGCUCAGGAGUGCUUACAAACUGUAUCUUAUUUUGCAGUAAUUCAUAAGGAAAGAAUGGAUGAUGUAAACAUAAAGCAGUUAGCAGGCAAACAGCAGACUUUAUAUCUAAAUCCUCACAAAGGAAAGGUUACUUUGGAGAAGUUUAUUAAGUUUAUAUGUUGUAAACAAUGAACGAUUUAGUUUCAUAUAACCUAGUAAACUGCCACACCGUAAACUUGCUUCAAUAGAGGAGAGCGAAACAGUUUCUGCUAAUUCUGUGUGCCUUAUUUUAAUGUCUGAAAUGAAUAAAAUGUUGCUUCAUUGUUUGUGUUUUAUUUUAAAUUAGGUUAUAAGUAGGUAAGUGUCCUUUCAUUCUUGUUUGCGCCCCUUUUUAAAAAAAUAUGCCCUUUUGAUAACAAAUCGCACCCCUUGCCCCCAGCAACUUCCGGCAUCCCUGAAUCGAAAUCAGUAUGUUCUAAAGACCCGUCUUCAAACCAGAAUCAAUGAAAUUUGGGGCCUUGGGGGUCAAACGUGAACGAGAGUUGCAGCCAUCAACACUCAAUCCUCAUCUUUCCUUUACCUGGCUUUAUAUUUCUAGUUUAAAAACCUGUUUAUUCUUGGUUCCAUAUAGAAUGCCAGUAUUAUUGUUUUUCCUGAAUACGGUCUGACAGGUUUUGGCUACACCCGUGAAUCAUUUCGACCUUUUCUGGAAAACAUUCCUGACCCAACGAAAAUUGAAUGGAAUGGCUGUGAAGAACCCCAAUCUCACAACUCUACUGCUAUAAUGAACCGUCUUGGUUGCUUGGCAAAGGAUAAUGAUAUCUAUCUUGUUGUUAAUAUGGGAGAUAUAAAGCCAUGUGAUAGAAGCACAGAUCCACACUGUCCGGAUGAUGGACGCUAUCAAUAUAAUACAAAUGUCGUGUUUGAUAGCAAUGGAAAGUUAAUAGCCAGGUAUGAUUUCGUUUUACAAUAUUAACACUGCAAAGAACAACGCAAUAGUGAGCACCAGGGACGUGUUAUACCCCCCCCCCCACCCCCCAAUAAUUUUUAAGUUAAAAAAGAUUUGGUCAAAAUAGUUGGUCACUUUAAACGAAAUUAGAAAAUAUUUUCUUUUGGGAAAUUAAGUAAAAAAUUGCGGAAAAGUUAACCAAAUAGGGGUCAGUAACCGUACAUUAAAGAGAAAGAAAAUGAGUAUAAAAUGUCCCGGCGGGAAAAAAUUUUUGGUUCUUCAAUUAACUCCCCCUCCCCCCCUGAAUUAGUGGUUGAGAUGAGCAGAGUUGGUCAGAACGUUCGCCAAAACGUGGUCAAAAUAUGAGGACACCCCACCCAACCCAAAUGUUAAUGACGUCGCGACGUCACUGGUGAGCACGAGAUUCGUACUCGCAACUCCGCGCUUCUAGACCACCGCUCUAAAGUCUGGUUAGAGCAUGGAUAAUAAAAUAAAUGGAUAGGAAACUAGCUGACGUGACCUAAUGUUUUCAAUGGGCUGAUGGCGUGAUUGGAUGUUGAAACCUAGUUGCAAACCAAAUUCUCAAAAACGGCAUGUUUAGCAAUAAUACAGCUAAACAUUUUAGUCAAAGAGCAAAUGAAUAUAACUACGCCAUUCUACGAUGAAAUCUCUAAGUAUUCCCAGUCAAUUUUAGCAAAUAUUUCAAGCACUAAACAGUGAAAAAUACAUCGCAAAUUUCGUUAAAAUUGGGGACGCCAAUUUCGUAGCUACAAAUGUAAAAAAAUACAAAACAAAGACGAAAAACAUUUACCUUGAAUACUUUGUCGUGGCUUAGGCAUGUUUUUAAAACAAUUAGACCAGUAUAUGCUUCAAUAUUACUCUUUUAAAGCGGAAAGUAUAGCAAAACAACAAAAAUGCCGAGAACUUUGCAAUACGCGUGACGUCACAGAUUGCAACUAGGUUGUUUUGCUUACGUCAGCUAGAGUCCUAUCCAUUUAUUUUAUUAUCCAUGGUUAGAGCAACAGGGGUUGGACGCGAGUUUUAUCCAAGUGCACGAGCUAUUUUCGAGACGACUUUUAAUAGUUGUCUUGUUCAAAUUCUACUAUACAGAAUCAUCAGCUGGGUUCAAGGACUAGUAAGGAUUGGUAACUACUAAAGUUUUUGACUUGAGCGGUAUUCAACGUUUAGAUCACACAUGAUUACCCUUCUAUUAGGCUUGGUUAAUGACAAACAUGAAUACUAGGCAGGUUUUACGAAGUGUGAUCAUGUGAGGCUGUGAGCGCAGUACAAGAUGGUCAACUCUAAAUUGCGGUUACUAACUAUAUGCAGAUAUCUAUUAUUGAUCUUGUGAUUGGUGCCAAAUGCAAUGAGUGUACAGAAGAAAAACAUCAUAUACAGCAUCAUUCUCUCACUCCCACAACUAUCAAACGCCAUUUAAAACAUUGAAGCCUAUAUUUUUUUUUAUGUUUUUAGAUACCACAAACAACAUCCUUUCUUAAACGAAAUGAAAGUUGUGAAUCGUCCAUUGGAGCCAGAAUUUAUCACAUUUGACACUCCGUUUGGUAAAUUUGGAACAUUUACAUGUUUUGAUGUUCUCUUUCAUGAUCCAGCCGUACCAUUGGUGGAGAAAUAUAAUAUUGAUCACGUGGUUUUCCCCACAGCCUGGUUCGAUGUAUUACCGCUGUUUGCAGCUAUCGGAUUUCACAGUUCGUGGGCUCGUGGCAUGCGAGUGAACUUUCUCGCGUCUAAUACUCAUGUCCCUUUUCUGCUUAAUACGGGUAGUGGUAUAUAUAGUUACACUGGUGCAAGGGCAUCCUACAGAAGUUUGUCGGAGAGAGGUGCUCUUUUGAUUGCAAGCUUACCUGUAUCACCUCGAAACAUAUCGCGUAAGACAACCCAGAUAAAUGUUAACAAUUCGAUUGGUUAUUUGAGCGAUGGCAAUGAAACAAACACCAGCAUAAGCGAUGAAUUCUAUUCGGACCUAUUUGGCGACCUCUUUUUAUUUAAAGAGUUAAGAAAAGAGCAGGACAUUUUGAAUGUAUGUUACAACGAUAGCAUAACCUGUUGUUCGCUUACUUACAAGAUGGCCAGCAAACGAUCAGAUGAAAUGUACGCACUAGGAGUGUUUGAUGGACUACAUACAAAGGAAGGACAGUACUACUUAAGAAUAUGUGCUUUGGUCAAGUGUUUAAGUCUUAAUCGAGAUAGCUGCGGUCAAAGUGUAUCCAGAGCCAGUACUAUCUUCGAGUCCAUCUCGUUGAAAUCUCAGCUAAAUACAUCGUAUGUUUUCCCGCAAGUUGUGGCUGAUGGUGUAUCUCUGCUCCCUGGGGAGUGGGCCAGUGAAUUUCCUGUAAACUUCUUGCAAACUACACAACAACUCAGCAAAGGACUACUGACAGCCGCACUGUUUGGCCGUGUUUACAAUCUGGACCUCCCACAACCAAGCCCUGCUCCCACUUGUGUUCCAAGUCUCUUAACCCUCCUGUGCUUGCUUUUAGUUUACUCCUGUUGCUUUGCUUAGAUAUUAUGCUUUAGAAAAUUAAGGGCAACUACAAAACGGUGAACUAUUAUAUUUCUAAAUUCGUAAAAAUUCCAUAAAUUCUUGCCUGGAUAAUUACAGUAAGGGAAUAGCCAAGAUUAUCAAGUUUACAUUAAAUAAAAGUGCAUAAUAAAGUGAAUUAAUGUUAAAUAAUAUAUACCUUUAAAAGUUAAGUUCUCCUUUGCGUGGGGUAAUAAAUUAUGAUAUGAUACCAGUCUUCAAUGCACCCUGUGAGAUUUCGGUGUAUAUAUUCG